AUGGCCCCAACGAUUAUCGAGAACAACAUUGUCAUCUCUGCUGACGACAACGAUGUCACCUUGGCCGAGCGCAACACCCACGCUACCCGUGUCGCCGGCAAGGGCGCCGAUCCAGAGAAGAAGGCUCUCUUCGCGAGCGUGACCAAGCGCAUCGACUACUCACCCAAGAUCGGAACCGAGUUGCAUGGCAUCAAGCUGUCGCAGCUGACUGAACAGCAAAGCGAGGAGCUUGCGGCGCUGAUUGCAGAACGCGGGGUCGUCUUUUUCCGUGAACAGGAUGACCUCGACUACAAGGAGCACGUCAGGUUGGGCAGACGGUGGGGCCCCCUUCACAUCCAUCCCAUUGUCCCACAUAACCAGCAAGAUCCUGAGGUCAUCGUCCUGGAUUCACGUUUGCGCCCCGGGUCGCGCUUCAACACCAACGACUCGUGGCACUCAGACGUCUCCUUCGAGCCCGCACCAGCCUCGUUCUCCAUCCUCAAGUUUGAAGAGAUUCCUGAAUCCGGCGGCAACACCAUCUGGUCGAACGGCUACGAGCUCUAUGACGACCUUUCCGCUCCGAUCAAGACCCUUCUCGAGGGUCUCACUGCCACGCAUUCCUCUGACAUCUUCAAGCUUAUCAUCCAAGCCCACGGCCGCAAGACCUUUGGCAAGCUCAACGACUCGGUCCAUCCCGUCAUCCGCACCAACCCUGUUACCGGCUGGAAGUCCGUCUUCACCAAUCCGGUCUUCACGCGCGAGAUCAACGGUGUCUCAGCCUCAGAGUCCAAAUGGAUCCUCGAUUACCUGGGCGACUUGGUCGCAAAGAAGCUCCAGUACCAGGUUCGCUUCAAUUGGGAGAAGAACAGUGUUGCGAUCUGGGACAACCGCUCGACCUUCCACACAGGUGUGCCAGAUUUCAAUCCCUACCAUCGUAGAGGUGUCAGGGUCACGGUCUCGGGAGAGGUCCCAUUCUACGAUCCUGAGAGUGGUACCCAGGCUCAGGCUUGGGAGGCCACAGCAAAGAUCAUCAUUGCGAAGCAAGAAGCAGCCGCCAAGGCCAAGGCUGACGCCGAAGCAAACAACUCGGCAACGUCAGCGUAA